AUGGCGCGACGAACAUUUCCAAGGAGAAACAACGCGCCGAGCGGCGGGACUUGUGCGCCCGUGUUCGCGCGCACGAUCAAGGAGCCGGGAUAUCUUCAGACUUUGAGGCCGUCAAGAUCAAGAGGUUCGAAUGAGCUCCGCAAGAUCUUCCUCCAAACCUCAAUCAUUCCCUCUGCUUCAGGCUCCGCCUACCUCGAAAUUCCCUCGUCUUCUCCCGCCUCCAAAUCGACACUCAUACCACCAACGUCCUCUCUAAAGAUUACUGCCUCGGUCCAAGGGCCUAAGCCCCUCCCCCGUAGCGUGCCUUUUAGCCCCUCGCUCCUCCUCACUACGACUGUGAAGUUUGCACCAUUCGCAACCCGGCACCGACGAGGCUAUAUCCGAGACUCCAUAGAACGGGAUCUCGGCGUUCACCUCGAGACCGCACUGCGAGGUGUCAUCAUUGGUGAGCGCUGGCCGAAGAGCGGCGUAGAGGUUGUCAUUACGAUUCUGGAAGGCGAUGAGGAUGGAUGGUGGGGUGAUUCUGGAAACGACGGGAGCGUAAAUAGAGGUGGUUGGGGGCUACUAAACGUAUUAGCGGGAUGUAUAACGGUUGCCAGCGCCGCGAUCACGGACGCAGGAAUCGACUGUGUGGACGUGGUAUGUGGUGGAGUGGCAGCGUUGACGCGGGAUCCGGCCGCGAGGGAUAAGAAAGAGUUGGUCAGAAUAUUGGACCCGUGUCCCGCGGAACACAAGGAAAUUGUUGCGGCAUGUGCGGUUGGAUAUCUGGCUUCCAGGGACGAAAUCACAGAGAUAUGGAUGAAGGGAGAUGUUGGGGCUGAUCCCAAUGCCUUGGUCGAGGGAGCUACGCACGCAGCGGUUGGCAGCCUAGCGGUCGUCAAGGAAGUCCUACUUGAGGCGCUCCAAGCAAAGUUUCAGGGACCGAUGGAGGGCAACGAAAGUGGUCUGAAGAGAAAAGCGCAGGACGUUGAGAUGACUGGUUGA